AUGAAUGUCAACCAGGUUGGAUAUGAUCGGCGACUGGCCGUGAUUCAGACCAUUUUGGGCAAAUUUGGGCUCAAGUCUGAAGCUGUCACUCCUAUUGCUUAUUCCUUGCAAUUUCCGUGGCCCUUUAACAACUUCAUCUACAAAGUUGACCUCGAGAUCCCAGCAUCGCCAGCUCAUUUCCCUGGCACCCAGCCCGGCACCACCCAAGCCCCGGCAGCCGGUGUCACUGCCUUGAUCAUUCGUAUGAGCAAUUUGAAGGUUUCCGAUUUGAACCACACAAACCGGGUGGAAAAUGAAGUGGCAUGCUCUGCCCUGGCGCGGGACGCCCUCAAGAAGGCCGGUCUCGACCCAGUGGUCCCAGAGAUUUACGCCUGGAGGCCGCCCAAGUCAUUGGAGCAAGAGCCUGAAGAAGAAAACUUUGGGUGGACAAUUUGUGAAUUUAAGACUGGCAAGGAUCUCGAUGUCGAGUUUCCCAAGUUGUCGGCAGAGGAGCAGACGAAUGUGAUUCUGCAACUGGCGGACAUCUAUGGCGCUUUGCAGAGAGCGGUUAUCCCGCCGGCUGCGGAUAAAUUUGGCGGGCUGACCUUCGACAGCCACGGAACAAUGGUUAGCGGCCAGACAGCCAUGAGAAAAGGCGGUCCUUGGGCGAACUUGCCGGAUUACUGGACCGAGAAGCUGCAAGCUAUUGUUGAUUGCGCGAUGGAAACCUCGUUUCUCCGCACCCCGGACAAGGACGGUUCGCAGUUGCUCAGUCGUGUGCAAAGAUUUCUCCGUGAUGGCGGCGUUGCCAAAGUUCUUCACGACGUUGAUGCCACACAGCGCUGCCUUGUCCACUCUGACUUUACGAUGAACAAUGUGUUAUUCGACAGGGGAUCCAAGCGAGUCACCGCUCUGCUUGAUUUCGAUUUUGCCUCCGUCAACCACCCCAUCGAGGAGCACUACUUUGCCAGCUUUAGCGAUGUGGGUGGCGGCUUGCGCGCCUUGUCCCCGGCCAUGUACUCGCGUGUCAUGACGGAUGACUUUGAGCGGCAGCCGCCGGGUUUGUCUGACCAGGACAAGGCCAAGUGGAACACUGCCAAGUCAUGGAAUGCGGCAAUUGUCGCGAGGGACAUCCUGCGGCCAAAGACGCUGCCCGGCGUGGAGAAGAUUGAGGCGCUUCGGCGCUUCGAGGAGUCGCUGAGUGAGAUGCACCGGGAUAAGGAGGCUUUCUUGGAAAAAUACCCGGCUGUCGGGGAUGGAGAGGGCGAGACGAGUCCUGUUCUAACUGUUGCACAGAUUAUGGAUGCCCACCAGGCUUAG